AUGGAAGGAUUCUAUGAGAAGUGGUUGCUCAGAAUUGCACAUAUGCACCUGGGAGCUUUAUGUAUUGCGAAGCAUUUUUUAUACCCCAGUUGGGAAACAAUUAACCUGAACACAAUUCAAAAAACAAAUAUAGAGCAUGAAUAUAUUGUCCCUAUUACAAAUGAAAAUAAUGAUAUUCUUUAUACUGUGAAUAGCGAGUUCGGCAUUUGCUCUUGCCUUGUUGGAAUGUCAGGUGCACUCUGUAAGCACCAGAGUGCAGUUUUAGCAAAAUUUCACAUUUCAAUGUUUAAUUUUAUUUUGUCAUUGAAACCAGAUAAUCGUGCAAUUUAUGCACAUAUAGCACUUGGUUAUAUUGCCCAAGAUAUGUUCUUUUAUGCAUCAUUAUAUACACAACCAGCUUUACAAACUCAAGAAGUUUUAUACAUUAAUGAUAAGGUGAAGAUAUCAGAUAAUUUAUCAAGAACUGAGUGGAUAGAACCUGAAGAACCAAAUAAAGAGAACAAAAAAAUCAAAGAAAUUGAUAAUUCCGAUUUUAUUUUAUUUUUAGAAGAGAUUAAAUUGCAUGUUGAAAAAGAAGUUCGUGAAAAAUUCAUUAACUUAUUUUGGGAUGGACACUCACUAUCUUCAGCAUUACAUGUUCAUAAAGAUGAUCUCUAUCUUAAUGCAGCAAAUGAGCAAGAGUUGUUAGAGCAAUAUCGUGACAAUAUACUUGGCAGUCGUAAUGGUAAAUUAAUGUUCAAACGUUUGGAAGCUGUAAUUUCAGAAUAUAAUAAAUCAGAGCAGGGCAAAGCAGUUUUGCAAGAGUAUAAUACGAAUACUGGAGAUGUAUUUAUUUUAUGCAUUGUAAUUAAUUUGAUGGUCCGGGUAUAUGAAAGAAUUCUUCAAUCAGGGGAAAUAUAUUAUAUGGAUGCAUCUGCGUCUUUUAAUUCACUUAAUACUUCUAUUACACUCUUAUACACUAGCUGUAUGGCCGGCGCACUUCCACUUGGACUAUUCCUUACCUCGGAUAAGCUUGAAUUGACAAUAGAAAGAGCACUAAAUUUACUAAAAACAAUUCUCCCACUUAAUGUGUUUUAUAGUCAUGGACCGCAAGUUGGACCGAUGGUUUUUUUAACUGAUAAUUCAAAUUCAGUGCAUAAUGCUUUGAAAUAUUGUUGGCCAAAAGCACUUGGUUAUAUUGCCCAAGAUAUAUCCUUUUAUGCAUCAUUACAUGCGCAACCAGCUUUACAAGAUCAAGAAGUUUUAUAUAUUAAUGAUAAGGCGAAGAUGUCAGAUAAUUUAUCAAGAACUGAGUGGAUGUAG